AUGGUCGCUUUACCUUCCAAGCCGUUUCAUUGGCCAGGCGGUAUCCCUACUGUGAUUAAAGCGGACCCUAAUGGCGAUAUCACACGCGACGAAAUUAAUGAGGAGGCCAAAGGGUGGCUACUUUUUGUAGAGGAGAAAUGGGUCCCCCGCGACAAUGCCAAUGUCCCUGACGAGGACGGAGAUUACGAAGUUCGCCAACGCCGAAGCUUAGUGGAAACUUGGGCGAAGGCUAGCCAGGAAUUCCGCGACUCAUACCACCAAAGAGCCCCAACGAGGGAUGCAAUAUACGGGGCGUCACGGUACCCAAAGAACGCCUUGGAAAAUUCCCACCAUUCCUAUGACACACCAGACCUCAUCUGCCUCGCACCACUGGGCCCAUCGAACCCAGUCAACAGAUCAAAAUGGAUCAAACUCAACAUUCUCGCCUACCGGCUAGACGGAGAAGCAGGGCACUGUAUGAACGACAUGGGAUUCAAUCACGGCAGCCUUGAUCCCAACCCGACAACCGUCCACGACCUCUCAAAUGUGCAGCUAACUGAUAUACUACCGAGGGCUCUCCUCGAAAUGGCAAACUUCGAAUACAUCGCCAUGACCCGCCAAGGGACUGUUCUGUACGUUCGACAAAUCAAAAACUGGUUUGUCGUUACGCAAGAAGAUCUGGAUGCGGGUCUGAUUACAACUGUGGACUUUAAGUAUAAUGGUCAGGUUGAUAUAGCUGUCCGCCGCAGAGCCUAUAACAUGUGCCCUGUUUAUCAGUACCUCUUCAUUGACAGGAAAUGUGUGGAGCAAGUUGAUAAUGAUGGCGUGGGGGGCAAAAAUUGGAUGAAUACUGACUUGGACAUGACUCUCCCUGUGAUUGACAUCUUGGAGGGGGCAAGUAAGCGCGACGAGUUUGUAUUCGGAUUUGAUGGCGGGAGAGAUGGAUGGGAGGAAGAUAUUGGAAGAAUUUACGCCCCUGGAUAUCUAGAGAUGGAGGCUGCAGGCAUGGAGGCCGACUACGAUCAUGCUAACUUGAUUGAACCUGACGAAGCCUUUGGAGUUCGAUCGAGUCUCCCCCUGUGA